AUGAAUUCCGACAAAGUUGUUUCAGUAUGUUUUAUUCUCACAUCGAACAGGCGACAUGAAACAUAUGAAGCAAUUUUGAGAUGUUUAAAACGAAUUGAAUCAAAAAUGGGUCUUAAUUUAAAACCUUUGACCAUUAUUUGUGAUUUUGAACAGGCUUUUACGAAUGCUGUAGCUAAAGAGGUGUAUGUGUUUUUACCACAAACAAUUGUUACAGGCUGCUGGUUUCAUUUUUGUCAGUUGUGUUAUCGAAACGCACAAGAGCUUGGUAUGAUGAAGUUGUACCACGAUGAUACUGAAUUAAGAGAACUAUUACGUGAUUUUAUGGAUUUAGCUUUACUACCCAUUGAUCGUGUUCAUGAAGGAUAUGAAAUUCUGAAACAAAGAGUAACAACUUCAUCUCACACAAAACAAUUAGACACAUUUGUUUCUUACUUUGAAAAUGAAUGGUUGAAUGUUUUUAAACCUUCAUCAUGGUCUGUUAAUCAAAGUACAU